UACGGGCCUACAGUUAGCUGUGUUAAGAAUGCAAUGCUUGUGGGGUGUCGACCCAAUUACAAUCUCAAGUUAAAUGCGAUAAUAACGACACUUCUAGAAUUGGUUCCUUCCUCUGCGCUGGUUUAUUGUACACUAAAUAAUUUACAGCAUAAAUGCGAAUGGUUUAAAAUAGGAGGAAAGGAACAAUGGCCAAAUGGGGGGUAAACGGCGGCACAGGGGGCCACCUAUCGGGGGCCCCGAAUACAGUAAGCAUUUAAAUGUCGCGGUAAUCGAGUUUGUCGGCCGAUCCUAGUCGUCGGCUGUUGGGCAUCGAUUCUAUUCCCAACAAGCUGUGCCUGCUUGACAAUUGCAAUACGUUUUGAUUAUGAUUCGUUUCACUUAAGUGAAAGUUUAACAGCUUUGAAGUAAUCUGGGUAACUGGGGUUUCUCUAUCGAAGUGUGCUCGACAGUAUGCAUAACUAGCCAUGUUCAGACAUUUCUGCUUUAUGCUGUUUAGUAUGCCCAUUGAGGAUCAGGAAGUCAUGAAGAAAGCUGUAAGUCAACUAACGGCUGCGUUUGAAAAGCAUCUCCGUCUCAAGAAUUUCCAGAAGAAAGAAGUUGAUGACGAGUUAAAGGAACUGAAGGAAGUGGUUAAACGAGAUUCUUCCCUACGUCUGUUCGUGAAAAGAAUCGGGCUGAGUGUGCCCCUCGAGGAUAUAAAGGAAACAUUUUCGGUUUACGGCAAAGUGAUGAUGGUAAGAGAGAAUUCUAACGCCGGAUUGAGCCGCUCCGUAACAAUAACGUUUUACUCAAGGGAUGCUGUUCUCGCUGCUUUAAAUGAUCCACUUCCAGUUUUACUGAAUUCCGUUGCCCUCAAAGUUACCGCUUGGCGUCCCGAAGAAGAAGUCGACCCACUUGGUGCUAGUGGCGCCACUUGCAAGCCUGAAAGCACCCGCCAAUAGCAUAUAGUUUGGCCAACUAUCCAACUUGUUGAUAUGUGAAAAUUCGUAUCCCCCCCUUCCCUUUUGUAACUUUUGUCAAUUGACACGUUCAUUUGAGUUGUCCACGAGUUUGAUUUAACUUCAAUUAAACCCCAAAAAUCCCGUUUUUCUACUCUUUUUAAAUGUUGAGGCACCUGCUACUGUAAACAUUUGCCAUUCAGAAUUGUUUGCUUUUUUCCCGAAAAUUUGUGUUCUGGUUUUGGGCUUUGGUUUAAAUACAA